UGUAGGUUUACACUGGACUGCAAUCACUUGUAGGAAUGACGAAUUGCUUGAAUGAUGGAUUAUGCUGGACUGUUUUGAAAUGCAUUCAUGAUGAUGAAAAAGUUCUUUCUACACAGAAGACUGCUUUGAUGGCUGAAUGCAACACAAAGUUAGCUGUUGCCUUGUCCAUUAUGGAAGAAAGCUUUCUUCCCAUGUUGGAUCCCAGAACAGGCAAAAAUAUGCUUUCUCUCAUCUUGUACAACUUGAGGUCAAAAAUAUCGCAGGUGAACUGUCAAGGAUUUUAUACUGUGGCCUUGGGGAGGGAUGAUGAACUAUUUUCUGUUGCUUCAAUCAGGGUGCAUGGAGUCACUUUGGCUGAGCUGCCUCUAAUAACAACAUGCGUUGAGCAACGUCAGGCGGGAAUGUGUCGACGGCUUAUGCAUGUGAUUGAAGAGAUGCUGAAAUCAUUGAAGGUAGAAAUGCUGGUUUUAUCAGCCAUUCCAAGCCUAGUAGAGACUUGGACAUCAACUUUUGGAUUCCAACACAUCAAUGAUGAUGAUAAGAAGAAACUGUGUGGUAUCAACCUGAUGAUAUUUCCUGGAGCAACAUUGUUGAAAAAGAACCUGUUUGAGUGUGAACGCAGUGAAUUAGGAAAGGAUGAUGACUUGUCAUUGAGCAAUUUUUCUUCCAGCAAUAAUGCACCAGACAAGAUUCAUAAAAAGACUUCCACUGAAGCUCCGAAGCCUUCUUUCAACAGCCCAGCUUUGGAUCCCCGGUUUUAUUGGUCCUUUUCCACAGAACAAACUGCUACUAUUCAAGCACCAGUUGCUGGCGCCGAUAAAUCCACAUAUCCUUUUCCCAACUCCUACUUAUCAUGUCCACCUGUAUACACUGAUCAAUAUUCUGGCUUGAUAUCUGACUCAAAUCAUUUGAAGAAUAAUGGGGAGGGCAACAAUUAUGCUGGUUACAGCACAAAUAAUAUUGAUGGAAUGCAUGAAGUUACUACAGAGGUGGAUCCUUAUAUAGAAGCACUAAACUGUUUCAAAUCCAGCCUUGCCUCUUUUUGAUGCUGGGUGAAUCAGUAGCAUUAUUGAAGCUAACAGUAAAACAUUUUUGAAUCAGUCAGCCUUAACAAUUUUAAAUCUCUUACCUCCAAGGUGAGAAUUCCUUCCAGGCAGCAUCACAGAAGGGAUUAGAGGGACUGGUAGGAGAUAUUGAAGGGUGGCUAGUCCAUUAGGAAUUCUUCCAAAGUAUAAAAACUGCAGAGGUCUUUUGAAAUCUACAAUUUGUUUUUUUUUAACAGUUUCUUGUUAUAUUUGAUUUUGUAGAGACCUUAACAAGACAUUGUACUUUGUUUAUGCUAGCCUUUUUACUUAUGGUGUGUUCAGCAAGUGGGGCAAGAUGUGCAAUGGUUUUAUAUUAGGAUGAUUUAGAUUUACAUCCUAAUAUAAAAUCAUUGCACAUCUUCCCCAACUUGCUGAACACACCAUAAGUGAACAGACCGGUAUAAGCAAAGUACAAUGUAUUGUUAUGGUCUCUACAAAAUCAACCAUAACAGGAAACUUUUGAACAAAAGCAAAUUAUAGAUCUCAAAACACCUGUGCAGUUUUUAUACUUAGAAUAAUUCCUAAUGGACUAGCCCCAUGUGAGCUUGUUGGUUUUGUGUUGCUGAGCUUAUCUUCUAUCUCACAUUAGGAAUUUUGGAUCUUGCUGGUGGCUUCUGUCCUUGUUUUCUGCUGCUAUCUCAAUACUGCCUUGGUAUUUUUUCUCUGUUUUGGCGCUAAACAAGCCUCAAAGCUGUGCCUUCUUUACUAUGGAUACUGGUGCUUUUCCUGCUGCAUUGAGGAUGAACUGGAGUCUCCAAUCGUCUCUUUGCACGGUUGGGAGCUGCUACUACUACUCUGGCUGGAGUUUAUAUUAAUGAGAUGGACUUCGUUUGAUUUCUCUACUCUGCUACUUACUUUUCUGAGUAAUUGUUUUGUUCUCUUCUUUUUCUCCACAUUUACUUUCAUUGAUUUACUUCUUACAAUUUUA